UCACUUCCGGGGUUAUGCUUACGAGUUCCUGCACGUGUUUGGCAAUAUGUUCGUCCAACUUGUGAAACUAAUGCCUCUCGCCAUGUUAGUUUUUGUGUAUUAGCCAGAACAAGAUCAGUAACGGUACGCGUGGACGCAUCGAACGCCUUUUCAUCGCGAGGCUGUCGAUCUAGUGGAACGGUUCUCUGCGCCAUGGCGCUGUACACGAAAGCCGCUGAGAUCCUGGACAAGGUGGAGAAGCAGCAGGGUGCGCUCAAAACGCUCGUGUACGAAAGUAAAUUUGCCAACAUCAAGCAGCUCUUCGCUCUGGUCUGCGAGGCCCAGAAGUUCUCGUCCAUAUUGGAGGAGAUAAUCGUAUCCACCAAGCUGCUGAAACACACUAAGCUGAAGAUGCCCUUGGCCAAGGUUUUAGUCUUCGACCUGCUCAUGGGCCAAGGCCUCAAGUGCGGCGGGUCCUGGAAGGCGCUGAUCAUGAAGCAUCGCUCCAGAUUGCAGGCGGCGCUCGCCCUUAUGAAAGUCAAGAAGAAGGUCAGCAAGAAUGAGGACUUGCUCGCCAGUAACGUCCGACAAUCUGUUGGAGACCAGCUGCCCAGGUACGUGCGCGUCAAUGUCCUAAAGACCACCGUGGAGGACACUGUGGACUACCUCAAGAGGGAUGGCUUUACUUACAAGGGGGAGGCUAUCAAGUUGGAUGACUUGACACUAAAGGCCAAAGAAUUUGUGAAGGACCUCCACCUACCAGAGGUACUGGUAUUUCCACCUAAAACGGACUUCCAUGACCACUUCCUGUACAAGGCAGGCCACAUUAUCCUCCAGGAUAAAGCUAGCUGCCUCCCGGCCUUUCUCCUCAAGGCUCCGCCCGGUAGCCACGUCAUCGACGCCUGCGCCGCCCCGGGAAAUAAAACCAGCCACCUGGCCGCCCUCAUGAAGAACAAAGGCAAGCUCUUUGCUUUUGAUUUGGAUGCCAAGCGUCUGGCCACCAUGUCCACCCUCCUGUUGCGAGCCGGCGUCACCUGUCAUCAGCUGGCUAAUCAGGACUUCCUGAAGGUGGACCCGGACAGCAAGUUGUACAGCAACGUGGAAUACAUCCUACUCGAUCCCUCAUGCAGCGGAUCAGGGAUGGUGUGUCUCCAGGACCGCUCGUCUGCCGACCCCGAGAAGGACUCGUCUCGUCUGGCUUCGUUGGCGUCCUUCCAGCUGCGUUGCCUGAACCACGGCCUCCGGUUCCCCCGUGUAAAGCGCCUGAUCUACUCCACCUGCUCCAUCCACAGGCAGGAAAACGAGGAGGUCGUAACGGCUUGUCUGCAGCAGAACCCCAACUUCAGGCUGGUUCCUCUGCUACCUGAGUGGCCCGAACGAGGUCUGCCGCGCCUCGCUCAGUGUCUCCGGGCAAGCGUCAACGGGACGCGCACGCAUGGAUUCUUUGUGGCCCUGCUGGAGCGGUGCAAUGAAGCUGAGAAUCGAAUGCCACAGCUAAUGGUCCAAAUAAGGCAUCCCGAGAUGACCUGCCCACCUGCCUGUCAGGAGUUCAAUGAAGCCAAUCCCAAUGAAGCUGAAGCUUUAGAGUGCGAGGACAAAGCAACGCUUGCCGAAGUCAGUGUGCCGGGCGAAAAAAAGACCAGAAAGAGAAGAAGGAAGAAGAAAAGCACAGGUGUAAUCAUGGACUUGAACGACUGAAUUGUCAUUUUGUACACACCAGGAUUUCACGAUAUAAGGUUUUUAAAUACAUUAAAAACUCUACAUGUUACUAAAA